AUGGACAAAUUAAUUCGUGAAAGACGUUCAGUAGAAGCCCGAUUGAAGCGUACGACUAACGUACUGAAAAAACUCCGUGAUAGCGAUGAUCCGGAAGAUACCGACAUCCACACAGAACUCGAUAACCUCCAAAAUGUUUGGCUAGCCUAUCUAACCCUUCAUCAAAGAAUGAUCGACGAGUGUUCCGAGGAAAAUAUAGAGGGAUUGCUUGAUCAUAUGGCUAAUUUCGAAGAAGAAGUGAUUUACUUGAAAAUCGGCUUUAAUAAAUUGCUUAAAAGGUUCGAGUUUUCGUCUACCCACCAUGAGGCACCCGCUAUGCAAAAUGGCAGCGAUGCUAUCAGGCAACUAGCAGAGCAGCAAGCGCUAUUCUUUCGCAAUUUCUCCGCCAAUUUCACAAUGACACCUCCAGCGAUGGCCACUGAUCAAAGUGUUACAAACUUUUCAGAUGUCAAGCUUCCGAGGAUGAACAUUCCCACGUUCAGUGGUGAUAUUCUAAGCUGGCCGUCAUUUUUCGAUUUAUUUGAUAGCGCCGUUAAUAAAAACCCAAACUUGCAAGACAGUCAAAAAUUAUACUUCUUGAAAACUAAUCUGGCUGGCGAAGCUGGUUCCUUAAUUUCUCAUCUCAGAAUAGAGGAUGCCAAUUAUGCUCCCGCGCUCGCCAAACUACAGGAAAGGUACAAUAGACCGCUUGAAAUAGCAACGCAACACAUCCAGCGCUUUUUAGCUCAACCAUCGCUGACGUCAUCAUCCUCCUCUGGAUUGCGCGCACUGCAUGAUGUAUCUGACGAAGUAGUUCGCGCACUAAAGGCGAUGCAUCGUGAAGAGCGGGACAUAUGGUUGCUGUACAUCCUCGUCGAGAAGCUCGAUCACCACACGAAACAGUUAUGGUGCCAAAAAAGGGCCGAUUUGUCUGAAAACGUAAUAACGCUUGAACGGUUCCUGAAAUUUAUCGAUGCGCAAAGUUAUGCAUUGAAAUCUUCCCAGCCAAUUCGCGACAAAUCUGUGCCUGCUUUCACAAAGGUUCCUUCUAGGUUGCAAUAUAAAGGGGCAUCACUAUACGCUUCGAGUAAUGAAGGCUCAUCUCAAACACUGUGUGGUAAUUGCUUCAAAAUGGCACAUCAGCUUUACCAGUGCGGUAAAUUUAUCAAUGCCAGUCCAACUGAGCAGCUUGAUUACAUUACUAAACAAAAGCUCUGCCAAAACUGUAUGAAGCAGCACUUUGGAGAGAAUUGUAGCUCUAGCAACUGUAGAAAAUGCCACAGAUUUCACCACACACAUCUGCACAAUGCCCUGUCUGCGUAUGUGCCCAACAGAGAGGUGUCUGCAACAAUCGAUUCCUCGGAUUCGUCUGCCGUUUCUCAAGCAUUGAUUACACCUGCAAGCUUAGCCGCAGACGUUGCGGACACGAAUGUUCUUCUUUUGACAGCUACUAUCAAUGUGCGCGAUAAAUAUGGGAGACCCCACACUUGUCGCGCUAUUCUCGAUUGUGCUUCGCACACUAGUUAUAUAACAAGAGAAUUGUGUGAGAAAUUAGACCUGCCCACAGCAAAGGUUGAUUUUGAGUUUGGCGGCAUUUCUGGGCUCGCCGGUCAUUCUAACUUAGGUGCGCAGGUCAGCUUUAGUUCUCGUUGCACAGGGUACCGCAAUAUCGUUCCAUGUGUGGUUUUAGACCGUCUUACGUUCGAGCUUCCACUGAGACCAGUUGACAUCACCACUUGGCCAAUACCAGAAUCUAUUAAGCUUGCAGAUCCACAAUUUCACCACCCUGGAAAAAUUAGCAUUCUGCUGGGAAAUAAAUUGUUUUUCAGUUUGAUCGAGCCUGGCACCAUUAAGCUUAGUGCCAACGACAGUCUCCCAGUUCUGCAAAAUACUAAACUCGGUUGGGUGGUAUCUGGCGGUUACAAGGAAGCCGAGUCAUCGCUCAAUCCCUCGGUAUCACCGUGCCUUGUCAUUGCCACCAAUGACGUAUUGUCUCAGCAAAUUUCUCGAUUCUGGGAGCUUGAGGAAUAUAUCAACCCUAAACCACAUAUGAGUGAUCAGGAACUGUUGUGCGAGGAUCAUUUUUUGAAAUACACAACUCGUGACAGCCUUGGACGGUUCAUCGUUCGCCUACCGUUUCUGAAAAAUCCUGCCACCUUGGGCAACUCGCGAGAAAUUGCAAUUAGACGGCUUCUGCAUCUCGAACGAAAGCUAGAUAAAAAUAUACUACUAAAACAGCAGUAUCAUGAAUUUAUGCGGGAAUACAUUCAGUUGGGACACAUGUCGGUAGCUACGAAUGCAUCCUCUAAGCUAGCAAUUUUUCUUCCUCAUCACUGCGUCGUGAAGGAAGCCAGCACGACUACCAAAUGCAGAGUGGUCUUCGAUGCGUCUGCAAAAACAUCCAGUGGCGAGUCACUCAACGACGUUCUCAUGGCUGGACCAGUGCUUCAGGGUUCCCUUAUCGACAUUCUUUUACGUUACAUGAGGAUGAUCGAGACUUCCAGAGAAUUUUAUGGCGAUGGACAAAAAAAAGGGCCAAUAAGUGAAUACCGACUCAACACAGUAACCUACGGGACAAAGAGUGCCUCAUACUUAGCCACCAAAUGUGUACAACAACUACUCGAAUCGCACCGUGUAAAAUAUCCGCAGACGGUAGAAAAGGCAGUCAGGGGAAUAUAUGUCGACGACGUUAUUACCGGAGCAGAUACUCUCGAUGAAGCUAUAAUCCUGCGUUCACAACUGUCUUCACUUUUUGGCAGUGGAGGCUUUCACUUAAGAAAAUGGGCUUCAAACUGUGCAUCUGCCCUCACAGGUGUGCCGAAGGCAGAUAUCGAAUUGAAGGUGCCAAUCGAGCUCGACGGAUCCGACACAAUUAAAACUCUUGGAAUACACUGGCAGCCGUGCAGCGAUGAGCUCCGUUUUAGCUAUCACCCAACACAGAUCCUUCAGCCCACGAAACGUUCAAUACUGUCGCAAACUGCAAGUCUCUUCGACCCACUAGGACUUCUGACACCGAUUGUUAUAAAGGCGAAGUUUAUUAUGCAGCGACUAUGGGAACUGAAGGUGGCCUGGGAUGCCUCUCCACCCGGUGAGUUAGUAAAUGCCUGGUAUGAUUUGCUCCAAAGUCUGUCGUCCCUUAAUUCAUUUCAGAUUCCUCGGAGAGUGGUUAGCACUCGGAGUACAUCUCAUCUGGUUCUGCACGGCUACAGUGACGCUUCCGAACGAGCUAUGGGAGCUUGUGUUUAUGUUCGAACGAUUAACGGAUUUGAUACUAUCGCCUCGCAUCUGCUCUGCGCCAAGUCAAAGUUGGCUCCAAUAGGAAACAAGAGAACAACACUUCCUCGGCUAGAGCUAGUAGCCAUGCGUAUUCUAGCUCGUUUAAUAAAAAAUGUCACAGCAGCCGUCGAGCAACCGUUCUAUGAAAUACGUGCUUGGACUGACUCUCAAGUUGCAUUAGCUUGGAUCAAUGGAGGCGCAUCGCGUUGGAAAACCUUCGUUGCCAAUCGCGUGGCGGAAAUAGUUACCCAUCUUCCAGCAAUAAAUUGGGGUCAUAUAGACACGCACCUGAAUCCUGCUGACUUAAUUUCGCGCGGUGUAGUGCCAGAGAAACUGAAAGAUUGUUCUCUAUGGUGGAAUGGUCCGACAUGGAACGAACGCUUGGGACACCAGAAUUACAAUAAUCUUGUGCUUAACAACACUGAAAGGCAACAGAUUAAUAGGGAACAAAGGAAUUUGGCAGUGUCACUCGUCGCUGUCUAUGAAAAUACAUUUCUGGACAACAUGAUGCACAGAUAUUAUCCAAACCUACAAAAACUUCUUCGUAUCACUGCUCGUAUUCUUCGUUUUCGUCGUGUAGAAACAAUGGAGCCAACCAUCCUUUCACCAAGGGAAAUUGAUCGAGCUCUGAUUAUCUAUAUAAAACACAUUCAGCAACAAUUCUACUUCGAAGAACUUAAUGCUUUACAGCAACAAAGGGAUUUAAGUCGAAAUAGCUCCUUGCGCCAACUCAGACCAUUUUUGGACGAAGCUGGACUCAUCAGGGUGGGCGGCAGGAUCCAACAAGCUAAUCUGUGCUAUGAUUCGAAACAUCAAAUUGUAUUGCCAUCCAAUUGUAUUCUUACUGCUCUUGUUCUGCAACAGUAUCAUACUGUGCAUAAUCACUGCGGACCACAAACGUUACUGGCAGUCUCGCGCAGAAGAUACUGGAACACUCAUGGAACAAGUGCAGCGCGCAAGGUCUACAGACAAUGCAUAACUUGCUCUCGAGUUAAACCUCCACAAGCUUAUCAACAAAUGGGUCAGCUCCCAGCCGAUCGUGUCAUACCACACCCCCCUUUCUUGAUUACUGGUGUUGAUUAUGCGGGUCCAAUAAGCGUUGUGGGCCGCAGAGUACGCGGAGCAGUCGCGAGUAAAGGAUACAUCGCACUUUUCAUUUGUUUUUCCACGAAGGCCGUGCAUUUGGAAGCUGUUUCCAGCUUAAGUACAGACGCAUUUCUAGCUGCAUUUACUCGAUUCACCUGUCGUUACGGCUUACCUGCAAGAAUGGUUUCUGAUAAUGCAACCAACUUUCGCUCGGCAUCAAAAUACUUUCGUGAUGUUCAUAGGCACAUCAAUUCCGCUGAGCAUAAUCAUCAAGUGAGUGACUUUCUGGCGAAUAAGGGAGUUGAAUGGCACUUUAUACCAGCUCGCUCACCACAUCACGGUGGGCUUUGGGAAUCGGCAAUUAAGUCCGCGAAACAGCUGCUGGAAAAGACUGCAGGUAACCAAAUUUUCACCUAUGAGGAAUUGUCAACCUUUCUUGCUCAAGUAGCGGCUACAAUGAACUCGCGUCCGAUAACCCCAAUUUCCAAUGACGUACAUGAUCCGCAAGCUCUAACGCCUGCUCAUUUUUUGAUCGGACGACCCCUCACAACAAUUCCAGAGCUUAAUUUGUUAGAACGUCAGAUCAACUCGUUGUCCAGAUGGAACCAUAUUCAGCGUUUAUCACAGGAAUUUCGAUCAAGAUGGCAAUCAGAAUACGUGCGGUCUCUUCAGCUUCUGACAAAGUGGCAACAAUCCGGUCGAAAUAUACCUGUAGGAGCGUUCGUCUUGCUUGCGAAGGAGGACGACAAACCGAAGCAGUGGCCUAUAGGCCGCAUCAUAGAGGCAUUCCCUGGACCCGACGGACACACUAGGGUGGUAUCGGUGAAAACCGCAACAGGCGUCGUUCGGCGUGAUGUGAGAAAACUUCGGGUUCUACCCGACUAG